GGCUGAAGGGCGGGGCGCGCUGCUCUGCCUCCUGCCCGGGGGCCGGGCCGGGCCGCCUGCCCCGCCCUCUGCGGGGUGACCAGCCCCGGAGCCAGCCGCCAGGAGGAAGGAGCCGUCGCCGCUUGAGCGCGGAGCGGGGCGCGAUGUCUCACGGGGCCCGGGUGAUCCGGACGGGCUCCAGCAGCGGGGGCCCCGGCAGCUCCUCCUGCCCGCCGCCCCCGGGGCCGGAGCCCGGGCUGCUGGACGGCGGCUACGCCCGCUCCUGCUCGGCGAUACUGAAGGUCGCCCAGAUGAUAUCACUGCUGAUUGGAUUCAUCUGUGUAAAGAAUUCACCAUGGACAAAUUACAGUGCAUCCAUCUACUUUGAAAUUGUCACCAUGUGUGACUUGAUUAUGAUUCUUGUCUUUUAUUUUGUCUACCUUUUCAGAGCGUACAGAAUGCUCACCUGUAUUAGUUGGCCACUUGCGGAAUUUCUCCAUUAUUUAAUUGGUACGCUCCUGCUUCUCAUUGCCUCUAUUGUGGCAACGUCAAAAAGCUAUAGUUCAGCAGGACUCAUAGCUGGAGCGACGUUUGGUUUCUUAGCUACAUUCCUUUGCGCUUUGAGCAUAUGGUUAUCCUACAAGAUCUCAUGUAUUACUCAGUCAACAGAUGCAGCUGUAUGACUGUUUGGCCACUGCAAGAUGUCUGUGCCUUUCUAAAAGGGAUAUCAAAGAAGAGGGUCCACCAUGUGCCAUGAGGAGAGAGUUGACAUUCGUGUUAUUGGAUUAUAUCCAGUAGAUUUGAAGAUUUACUUGAACAUCUUAUGCAAGGAGAGAAACAACCAAUGUUGGAACCAAAGAAGUUGGUGUCAAAACAGUUUGAUGGAGAAAUUGUUUUUUCUGAGCUUUAGAGAAGUGCUCUUUCUGGCUCGUGAGCUGGUCUGUGGCUCCCAGUUACAUGCAAUGAGAAUAUUCAAACCUCCUUUGGAGAGUUGUUUAAUUAGGAUCUGUAUAAUUUUAAAGAUGGAAAGAUUAAUUCUGAUUUCCUCCAUGCAUUUGCAGAAGGGAAAUUCUGCAAAUUCACCUCUGCAAAUUAAUCUUGAAGGAUAAUUCCUUUAACAAACCAACUCUUGCACACCAGUCUUUGCCUGGGAAACCUGCCUUAAAUUCUCUUUUACUUUCUCUUUCGUUGUCAUUGAUAUUUUUACAUCUGUUUGGCCAGCAUCAGAAAAUACUUUUGCAGGAACUAUGUCUUGGACAACUCACUGUGAAUGCUCCCUUCUAACCGCAAAUGUAAACUGAAUUUUCUAGAUGCCAAAAUAAUUCUGUUCCUACAUUUUUUAAUAUACAGUCUUUUAUAACCCCCCAGAAAACUCUUUUCUCUGUACUGUACAAUAGGUAUGGAAGAACAUAUGCCUAGUGGUGCACUAGGUUUGUUGCUUUCCUCCUCAUAUAUAUGUAUUUGCAUAUUUCCAUUCUCCCUUCCACAGAAAUAACCCAUGGAGAGGGAAACUGAGUUUCCCAGAAAUUAUUCUCUCGGUGGGAGGGAGAAGGGGGGGAGGGAGAGUGUGCGUGAGUGCCUGCGUGCAUUUCCCCUAGAGUAGAACCAUCUGGCUCCUCCUACUUAACCUACAAUCUGUAUGGAUGCCCCUUAUCUCUGCUCUGUUAGAGCUGUUCUUUCAGGGACACUGUGUCUAGUGUGGUUGUUUCUGGAUUCCUCCUAAAGUGGGGUUUCAGAGCAGGAAGAGGGAAACAGUGCCAGUUAAUGCAACCUAAUUCUGCACUUACCUUUUUCUGUCCCCCUCUGCAGUUCUGGAGAGGAGCAAAUCCAGAGCUCCCCCGCCCUGCCCUUUUCCUAAUUUAUCUCCCCAGAGCCAGAAAUUCCCAGAGCACUUUUCAAGAAAAGGGGAAGUGUGGCAGAGCUCUCCUCUUCCUGAGUUUGUAAAUGAAAUUGUGACUGACCUAAUUUUGAUAUUUGUAUUAGAAAAUUAUUGCAGUGUAAACCUGGCUCAUGAAACAGCCAGGGGUAAAUGUGCCUUAAAUGUUACAGAUUUUUAACAACAUCCUACUCUGGCCUGCCUUUGUGCCUUACUGCUGUGUCUGGUAUUUGUUCUGUUCACUGCAGAUAGGAUGUCUUUUUUUAAUUGUGUGAAUUUAGUGCUCAGGAAUAGUUCUGCCACUCAGGAGAACAUAGUCCCCUAUUUAUCUACAGCCCACAGGUAGUAAGGGUGCAUGCUUCCUUGCUGUGCCCUGCCAGUACACCUCAGCCAGGACUGGGCACGUCUGAGAAGAGUUCAUUCUCUGUGCCUGCUCUGCUGAAAAUGCCAACACCAGGGCCGAUGCUAUGUGUGAUCAUACUCACUCACUGACUAAGCCCCCCUGCGUAAUUUUACUUUCGGUGGCUGGUCACUGAUCAUGAUUUGGAUUAGGGCCCUAGAGGUUUAAGGACAGAUUUCUUCCAGGCCCAGAAGAUGAGUACACCUCUACCCCGAUAACACGAAUUCAGAUAUAACGCAGUAAAGCAGCGCUCCGGGGGGGCGGGGCUGCGCACUCCAGCAGAUCAAAGCAAGUUCGAUAUAACGCGGUUUCACCUAUAACGUGGUAAGAUUUUUUUUUUUUUUUUUUUUUGGGCUCCCAAGGACCGCGUUAUAUCGGGGUAGAGGUGUAUGUAAUAGUAGUGAUAUACUACUUCUCUUCCCCUCCUGUGAAGGGAAUGCUCACUCAGUUACUAUGACAUUCCCCAGGCCCUCUCCCCUACCCAGCCACGUGGAAAUGGACUUCUGACACGGCAAAGCCAACUACACACUGUCCUACAUAGGCAGCUUCCACAUCCUCACUGACUAUAGUAGCCAGGCAGAAUAGCCUGUAGACAGGCAGCGAUUAGCCGAGAAUUCUAACAAGAAGCUGAGAUCUCUUAGAACAAAGCUGGUUCCCACAGCUCUCAGUCCAUCCAUCUUUCCUAGGCAGCUUUCUUCCAUACUGGAAUCGUGUCUCUGACCCCUGUGCUGCAUUGCCAUUGGUGUCCCCCUCCCCUCCAGACACCUCCCCCUGCCACUAGGUUGAAAAUAUCCCCAACUAGGAGUUCAGUGCCCCCUAAAGGCCAUAGCAUUUCUGGAUAUCAUUCUGUGAUGGCUUGAAAUGUGUUUUCUGGAGAACUAAUGGAAACUCCCCCUUUGGCUUGCAUCUGUAUGCAGAACAAAAUGCUGUGAAUUUGCUAUAUAAUAUUGAAUACACGUGUUUAAAAAUGAA